AUGUUUGAUGAGUUGAGCUCUUUGAUGAGCAACGGAACAGAUUUGCCCACCAACCUGCAGGACGAUAUGUCCAUCACGACGUCAACUAUUAACGCUGGCGGCGGGAGUGGUAGUGAUGAUAUUCCGACACCUUUUGGUAGCGAAUUCUCGGCGGAUGUAUUUCUCCAGAUCUGGAACGAAGCAAUCGAAGGAUGCAAAAGGGGUGUGGAUGAGCCAGAAGACCAAAAGUUUCUGACGCAAUUCAAUAGCCCUGGAGAGCUACUGGAGGCACUCAAAAUGAAAGAGCAAAGCGAUAACCAAGCGAAUUCUUGGUCGUCAAAUAUCUGGAAGGACUUGAGCUGGACACUAAACGUCAUCGGUAAUGCGACCAACAUAUUUCUGAUCGCCAUGAAGCCACAGUCGGUCGAAAUGAGCUGUUUCUGGGGAUUCUUCUAUCUUGUUAUCAUGAAAAUCGCACAGGACUCGGAACUGGACCACAAUCUUCGUCAGUCGCUGUAUGAAGUGUUUGUCGCUCUCAUUCGGUUCUGGAAGGAAGCAUCAAUAUACAUGCGAAAUAAUCCGCCAGGAAAGCUUGGUCAGGACCAUGAUCCCAAGAAAGUCCUGGAUUACCUGAGUAACAAAUUUGAGCGCGCCAAGAAAGAUAUCGACGGUGCGGUAGAUCAUCUUCGAUUCUGCGUUGAGAUGGCGAAUGCAAAGUCUGUCAGUCAAGGUGAAGGCACGCUAUCUUUAGCCACUUUGACCCUUGGGACGAUUCCAAGUACUGAGAUUAGCUUCCCUUAUACUUUUUUGCCUCGCGACAACCGAGGGCGCCACGUCGGACGUCGACAACUUCUCAAUGAUAUUGAUAUGCUACUCCAGAAGGAUCGUCGUGUUUGCGUUUGGGGGAUAGGUGGCAUGGGUAAGACUUCAGCUGCGCUAGCCUAUGCAAAUGAAACUACAAGGUUCGAAAUCGUUCUCUGGGUAAAAGCAGAGUCAACCUUAGCAUUACUGGAGAGUUUCAGCGAUAUAGCGGUGGACCUACGCCUUCCGAGAGCAGCUCGAGCUCAGUCUGAUAAGGAGAAUCAGAUCAUUCUAAUGGAAUACCUUGCAAGCUGUGGACGGCGUUGGCUGAUGAUCUUUGACAAUGUCGAUGAAGCCGAUGUGCUUCGAGGACAGCUUCCUGAGAAGACGGUCUCAGAAGGCACCUUCUUGAUGACCGCACGAACCUCAAAGGUUGCAGAAGACCUUGAAGAAGAGAUGGAGUGGACUUUGAAGAAGAUUUUGCCACUCAAUCCACCACAUGACUGGGAACUGUUUGGUCAAUUGAUGCAACAAGCAGACAGGAAGGGAUGGCAGGACCUUCAAAACGUUCCCGAAGACGAAGCCAGUGCAGCAAAAUUGUUGCUGGAAGAAAUGGGUGGUCUUCCACUUGGUAUCAAGCAUAUUUCCAGUAUCAUGAAAGCGAGGAAGCUUUCAGCCAUCAAGUUCUUACAGCUCUAUCGCGAUCAAGCUGGUAAUGUGGAGACAUUGCAACAGCUUCGCGGUGGAAAGAAUGUCACCUUUGAUAAAGACUACAAGUUUGGAUUGCAUAACGUCUGGAAAGUAGCCUUCACCGAGCUGUCUUCGACCAGUGAAAAUUGGAAUGCAUAUUGUCUCUUGGCGGUGAUUUGCUUGUUGGCACCUGAUGGAAUUCCUUCAGAGUUAAUGUUGCAAGUGCGACCGCCUGAACUGGAUGUGCGAGUAACUACGCUUGACUUUUGUCACAGCUCUUACGGAUACGAUCUAGCUGUUAGCCAGCUCGCUGAUUGUGGUCUCAUCGAUCAAGACGAUGAACUCAUCUGCAUUCAUCGACUUACACAGACAGCCUUCUUAAGUCUCAUUCCUGAUAAAGACCUCCAAGACGCCUUCAAUGCUAGUUCAGAAUAUCUCUACCAGGUAUUCCCAAAACAGAUCAUGGGGCGCAAUCUGACACCUUCCUGGCACAUCUGCAAAGACUAUAUCCAACAUGUAAUCAGCUUGUGCAGGCGUUAUGAAACGCUCUCCAAAAAUCGGCCGCUCCGUCCUUGUUCCGCCUUUUUCAUGCUCUGGGCAAGCUGCAGUUGGUAUCUGGUUGAGGUCGGGGAGAAUGAGCUCAACAUAGAACUUUCCAAUGUUGUCCAAGCAGCCUACGAAGCUUCGGCCGAGGAACAGGAAACUCUAACUCUAGCUGCCCUCCUCAACGGGCACUCUAUCAGCUUAUUUGAGACUGGCAAGGUGAAGAAAGCACUCCCUCUGAUGCAAAAGUGCCUCGCAAUUAAGAAAAAACAUCUUCCACCUGAUGAUGAGGACUUAAUGUGCACUAUUAACAAUCUGGGUAACUUUGAGGUGUCUGAUGACAGAUGGGACAGCGCCCUUGACCAUUUCAACGCGAUAGUUGGCUUCCGAGAGGCAGCAGUUGGCCACAACAAGAUCAACAUAGCAGUCACGUACGCUGGUUUGGGUCGAGUCGUGUUAGGCCAAGGAAACUACGCCGAGGCUGAUGCAUAUUUUGAGAAAGCUUACAAGAUCGCCGUUGACGCAUUCGGUGUCCUAGGACACUGUGUCGCAGAUUUUGCGUACGCACGGGGGAAUGUUGCUCUCGCGCAACGUCGUUGGGUCGAUGCCGAGAAACACUAUGAAGAAGCUUUGGACGUUGAGCGGGAGCGGAAGCGGGGAACGCUCGAUCUUGCUUUGGCAUGCCUAUUCAAACUUGGCUGUCUCAAAUACGAAAAGGGAGACUAUAUCGCAGCGAGGUCUCUACUUGAACAAGCCCAGGCAAUUGCCCGAGAGCGGAACUGGCUGGGCCACUUAGCACGCGUGUCCAGGAGACUGGCUUUGACUAUUGAAGCAUCAAGCGUGACACCCGAAGAUCUGGAAGAGGCGGCCCGCUUGCACCGGGAUUCGCACCGGGAUCGUAGACGGGUCGAGAACGACACGGAAUGUGCAAAUUCAAACGAUGGCGAAGAGGAGGCUUUCAAUCGUAAUCUGGGAGUCUGA